AUGGCGGAGGGGACCCAGCCCCAGCAGCAGCAGCUUCUCCCCGGCGGCGGAGCCCCCCGGGGCGUGAAGCGGGAGCCGGAGCUGGAGCAGCCCAUGCCCGGAGGGGACGGCGCCGAGACCGGCCACAGCAAGCGGCUGAGGACAGAGGCGGAGGCGGGCGGAGGCGGCGGCAUGCAGAAUGAGCCUCUGACCUCAGGUUAUCAUGGAUACCCUGCGAGGGACAAUCAAGGUAACCAGGAGCCAACAGCCACUCCUGAUGCAAUGGUCCAGCCAUUCACCACAAUCCCGUUCCCACCACCCCCACAGAAUGGGAUCCCCACAGAGUAUGGGGUGCCACACACUCAGGACUAUGCAGGCCAGACCAGCGAGCACAAUCUGACACUCUACGGAAGUACGCAGGCGCAUGGAGAGCAGAGCACGAAUACGCCCAGCACGCAGAAUGGAUCUCUUACGCAGACAGAAGGAGGGGCACAGACAGAUGGACAGCAGUCACAGACACAAAGCAGUGAGAAUACCGAGAGCAAGUCCACUCCAAAGCGGCUUCAUGUCUCUAACAUUCCCUUCCGCUUCCGGGAUCCAGAUCUCCGACAGAUGUUUGGGCAGUUCGGCAAAAUCCUUGAUGUAGAGAUAAUCUUUAAUGAGCGUGGCUCCAAGGGAUUCGGGUUCGUAACUUUCGAGAAUAGUGCUGAUGCAGACAGGGCCAGGGAGAAAUUACACGGCACCGUGGUAGAGGGCCGUAAAAUCGAGGUGAAUAAUGCCACAGCGCGAGUGAUGACCAAUAAGAAGAUGGUCACGCCAUAUGCAAAUGGUUGGAAAUUGAGCCCUGUGGUUGGAGCAGUGUACGGCCCUGAGUUAUACGCAGCGUCCAGCUUUCAAGCAGAUGUCUCGCUGGGCAAUGACGCCGCAGUGCCCCUGUCAGGAAGGGGGGGUAUUAACACUUACAUUCCUUUAAUCAUUCCAGGCUUCCCCUACCCAACUGCAGCCACCACAGCAGCUGCGUUCCGUGGAGCACACCUGAGGGGUCGAGGACGAACAGUAUACGGUGCAGUCCGGGCAGUACCCCCCACGGCCAUCCCUGCCUACCCAGGUGUGGUUUACCAGGACGGAUUUUACGGUGCUGACCUCUAUGGUGGAUAUGCAGCCUACAGAUAUGCACAGCCUGCUACUGCAACAGCAGCCACGGCCGCUGCCGCCGCUGCAGCAGCUUACAGCGAUGGUUAUGGCAGGGUGUACACAGCAGACCCUUAUCACGCCCUUGCCCCUGCCGCUAGCUACGGAGUUGGCGCUGUGGCGAGUUUAUACCGAGGUGGCUACAGCCGAUUCGCCCCCUACUGA